AUGAGCGACAGCAGCGAGGGGAUCAGCUUCUCGGUGCCCAGCCCGCCGGGCGGCGGCUGCCUGCACGAGGAGGGGCUCGGCGGGGUCAGCCGGAGAGCGACGGGGGCCGACGGGGGCGCCCGGAGCCUCCUCCCCGCCCCGGCCGCGCCGCCAGCCGGCACCUACUGGAACGAGGACAGCGGCGCUGCCUGCCCCGUGGCGGGGACUGGAGCCCGAGCCAAGGGCGGCUGCACCAGGAGGACCACGGUGUCCUACGUGAUCAACGAGGAGAGCCAGGGGCUCCUGGUGGCGGCGGAGAGCGGGGCCCUGCAGAGCCUGCGGGAGGCGUGCGAGGCGGUCGGGGCCUCCCUGGAGACCUUGCACUUCGCCAAGCUGGACUUCGGGGAGACCACGGUGCUGGACCGCUUCUACAACGCAGAUAUUGCAGUGGUGGAGAUGAGUGACGCUUUCCGUCAGCCUUCCUUAUUCUACCACCUGGGAGUCAGAGAGAGCUUCAGUAUGGCCAACAACAUUAUCCUCUACUGUGAUACAAAUGCAGACUCUCUGCAGUCAUUGAAGGAAAUUAUUUGCCAGAAGAAUAAUAUGUGCACUGGUAACUACAUAUUUGUUCCAUAUAUGAUAACCCCACAUAACAAAGUGUACUGCUGUGAUAGCAGUUUUAUGAAGGGAUUAACAGAGCUAAUGCAGCCCAGUUUUGAAUUGCUCCUUGGGCCAAUAUGUUUACCUUUGGUGGAUCGCUUCAUUCAACUCUUGAAGGUGGCACAGGCCAGUUCAAGCCAAUAUUUCCGGGAGUCCAUUCUUAAUGAUAUCAGGAAGGCCCGCAACCUGUACACAGGCAAAGAGCUAGCUGCAGAGCUGGCAAGGAUACGACAGCGAGUGGAUAAUAUUGAACUCUUGUCUGCGGACAUCAUAAUAAAUUUGCUGCUGUCCUACAGAGACAUUCAGGAUUAUGAUUCCAUUGUGAAAUUGGUGGAAACUUUAGAAAAGCUGCCUACCUUUGACUUGGCCUCCCAUCACCAUGUGAAGUUUCAUUAUGCAUUUGCACUAAACAGGCGAAAUCUACCCGGAGAUAGACAGAAAGCUUUAGAAAUUAUGAUACCCCUGGUACAACAUGAAACUCAGGUAGCUUCAGAUAUGUACUGCCUGGUGGGACGAAUCUACAAAGAUAUGUUUUUGGACUCUGGCUUUACAGACAUAGAAAGCAGAGACAGUGGGACAUCCUGGUUCAAGAAGGCGUUUGAGUCGGAGCCAACAUUGCAAUCGGGAAUUAAUUAUGCAGUACUCCUACUGGCAGCUGGACACCAGUUUGAUACUUCUUUUGAGCUACGGAAAGUUGGGGUAAAGAUCAGUAGCCUGCUUGGUAAAAAGGGGAAUUUGGAGAAGCUGCAGAGUUAUUGGGAAGUCGGAUUUUUCUUGGGCGCCAGUGUCCUGGCCAAUGACCACCUAAGAGUGAUCCAGGCUUCAGAAAAGCUAUUUAAGCUAAAGGCACCAGCAUGGUACCUCAAGUCUAUUGUAGAAACUAUUUUGAUAUAUCAGCAUUUUAAGAAAUUGAAUCCAGAACAACAUGUUGCCAAACAGGAACUUGUGGACUUUUGGAUGGACUUCCUAGUUGAAGCCACAAAGACAGAUGUGUCUGUAGUUAGAUUUCCAGUUUUAAUAUUAGAACCAACAAAAAUUUACCAGCCUUCAUAUCUGUCCAUCAAUAGCGAGGCGGAGGAGAAGACCAUAUCUAUCUGGCACGUCCUACCUGAUGACAAGAAAGGUAUUCAUGAGUGGAACUUCAGUGCUGCUUCUAUCAGGGGAGUAAGUAUUUCAAAGUUUGAAGAGCGAUGCUGUUUUCUUUAUGUACUGCAUAACUCAGAUGACUUUCAAAUCUAUUUCUGCACAGAACUGCAUUGCAAGAGGUUUUUUGAUAUGGUGAAUAGUAUCACUGAAGAUAUAGGGAAAAACACAGAGGAAGGGGAAUGUGAUGGAGAUUCUGUAGAGUAUGACUACGAAUAUGAUGAAAAUGGUGAGAGAGUCGUUUUGGGGAAAGGAACUUACGGCAUAGUUUAUGCAGGACGAGAUCUGAGCAAUCAAGUUAGGAUUGCCAUUAAAGAAAUCCCAGAAAGAGAUAGCAGGUAUUCCCAGCCUUUACAUGAAGAAAUCGCCCUGCAUAAGCAUCUCAAGCACAAGAACAUUGUGCAGUACUUAGGUUCCUUUAGUGAGAAUAGUUUUAUUAAGAUAUUCAUGGAACAGGUACCAGGGGGCAGCCUUUCUGCUCUUCUGCGUUCAAAAUGGGGACCACUAAAAGAUAACGAGCAGACAAUUGGUUUUUACACCAAGCAGAUUCUUGAAGGAUUAAAAUACCUCCAUGAUAAUCAGAUAGUGCAUCGAGACAUAAAGGGUGAUAACGUGCUUAUCAACACAUACAGUGGAGUUCUAAAGAUUUCAGACUUUGGCACAUCAAAGAGACUUGCGGGGAUCAAUCCGUGUACUGAAACUUUCACUGGUACCCUUCAGUAUAUGGCACCAGAAAUAAUAGACAAAGGGCCACGAGGCUAUGGAAAAGCUGCCGACAUCUGGUCUUUGGGGUGCACCAUCAUUGAAAUGGCCACAGGGAAGCCUCCAUUUUAUGAACUGGGAGAGCCACAGGCAGCUAUGUUUAAGGUGGGAAUGUUUAAAAUACACCCAGAGAUUCCUGAAUCCAUGUCAGCAGAGGCCAAAGCCUUCAUACUGCGUUGCUUUGAACCAGACCCCGACAAGCGAACUUUUGCUAAUGAACUACUUGUAGAUGAGUUUUUAAAGAUUUCAAGCAAGAAGAGAAAAUCCCAAACAAAACUCUCAGCUCUUUCAGCUAACUCAAAUGAAUACCUUCGGAGCAUAUCUUUGCCUGUUCCUGUUCUGGUAGAAGAUACGAGCAGUAGCAGUGAAUAUGGCUCUGUUUCACCUGACACAGACUUAAAAAUUGAUCCAUUCUCUUUCAAAUCAAGAGCCAAAUCGUGUGGAGAAAAAGAUGCAAAAGGAAUCCAGUCCCUUUUUCUGAGCAUCCCAGAUGAGAAUUUUGAGGAUCAUAGUGCUCCUCCUUCACCUGAAGAGAAAGAUUCUGGGUUCUUCAUGCUAAAAAAGGACAGUGAACGGAGAGCCACUCUCCACAGAAUAUUAACAGAGGACCAAGAGAAGGUGGUGAGGAACUUAAUGGAAGCCUUAGCUCAGGGAGCUGAAGAACCCAAACUAAAAUGGGAGCACAUCGCAACUCUCGUUGCCAGCCUCAGAGAAUUUGUAAGGUCAACUGAUCGCAAAAUCAUUGCGACCACUCUUUCAAAACUGAAACUGGAAUUAGACUUUGACAGUCACGGUAUUAGUCAAGUCCAGUUGGUGCUAUUUGGUUUUCAAGAUGCUGUCAAUAAAGUUUUACGAAAUCACCACAUCAAGCCGCACUGGAUGUUUGCCUUGGACAGCAUAAUUCGAAAAGCUGUGCAGACUGCUAUUACUAUUCUGAUCCCAGAACUGAGGCCACACUUUAGUCUUGCAUCUGAAAGUGAUACAGCAGAUCAGGAUGACAUAGAAGUUGAAGAAGAUCAUGAUGAACAGCCUCAGAAUCAAAAUAUUCAACGGCCUUGCAUUGUCAUAGAAGAUGCUAUAGCUACCUCAGGUGUGAGCACACUCAGUUCUACAGUGUCCCACGAUUCCCAGGCUGCUCAUAGAUCACUGAAUGUUCAACUAGGGAGGCUAAAAUUAGAGACAAAUAGGCUACUAGAAGAGUUAGUGCAGAAGGAGAGAGAAUUUCACGCCCUUUUGCAUCAAGCUAUAGAAGAAAAGGAUCAAGAGAUCAAAAACCUGAAGCUUAGGUCACAGCAAAUAGAUAUCCCUGGACUGUCUGUCUGUCACCUUAAUCCUUCUGGCACAGGGCUUGAAGACUCUGAUCUCAUAAACUGGCUGAGAGUUCAUGGAGCUGAUGAAGAUACUAUAAAUAGGUUUUUGGCAGAAGACUACACAUUAAUGGAUGUUCUGUGCUACGUUACACGAGAUGAUCUGAAAUGCCUGAGACUAAGAGGAGGGAUGCUAUGUACGCUCUGGAAGGCCAUCAGUGACUUUCGAGAGAAACAUGCUUGAUGCUGGCUAAAUCAGUUU